GGGCGGAGUUAAACGGAAAUUACCCAAUCGUAACACACAUUUGUGUGUCGUAAUGCGCUAGCGUCUGACUGAUCCUGUCCACACGUGAGAAUUGUGCCGACAACUAAAAGUUGUCAUAUGCAUGGAAAUAAAACGAUUGCCUAUUGAACAACCAGUGAAUAAAUAAAAGAUGAAAGCAACAGCCAAGGAGCAGAUGGAGCAAUCAGAGUCUUCGCACGAUGAGGAAGAUGAGGGCCCGACCAGGGCCAAAAGGGGUAAGCCCGAGGUGGUCCAGAACGGGCUCCUCCGUCCCGUGAAGCUGUCGCGCGGUGAUCUCUACAAACCUCCCACCGCAGAUGAACUAAACCAGCUCAAGGAGGCCGAGAGCCUGUUCCACUGCAGCCUGCUCAAGAUGCAGAUGGAGGAGCUGCUGAAGGAGGUUUCCCUGAGUGAGCGCAGGAAGCAGCUGAUUGACUCUUUUGUCCAGAGUGUCACUGAGCAGCUCCAGACUGUACCACAGACUUCUGACAUGGAGCUAAGUGACUUGUCAUGGUUGUCAGGAGGGGUGAAGGUCCCCUUUGUCUUGGUGCCAAAGGCAGCCAAGGGCAAGUUUCACAUGGCACCGCCCAUAUCUGUUACCAUCAUAGGCAGCUACCCACUGGGCACCUGCACCAAACCAGGCAUUUCAGUUGAUCUGGCAGUCGCUAUUCCUGCUGAUGUCCUGCACCCUAAAGAUGCCUUAAACCAGAGGUACCCACGGAAGAGGGCGAUUUACCUGGCAGGACUGGCACAACAUCUUGCUGCCUCUCCCGCCAUCGGGGCCAUGCGGUACUCAUGUCUCCAUGGCAACCGCCUCCGUCCUAUCCUGUUGCUUUCCCCUCCAGGCAAAGACUCCUCCAGUUUCACCGUGCGACUCCACGCCUGCCCUCCACCGGGCUUCUUCAAGCCCAGUCGCUUCCACCCCCAGAGGAACAACAUCCGCACCGACUGGUAUACUGGCCUGGGGAGCUCUCAGCCAGCGACAAGUGAGCCGCCCACUCCCCACUACAACAGCUCUGUUCUUGGGGACAUGCUACCCAGGGCCCACCUGCAGUUCCUGACCGCUGUGAGCUCCCAGUGUGCCGCCUUUGCAGAGGGAGUGGCACUGCUCAAAGUGUGGCUCAGACAGAGGGAGCUGGACCAGGGCGUUGGGUGUUUCAGUGGAUUCCUUGGCUCCAUGCUGCUGGCAUACCUCCUCUCCUGCCACCGAGUCAGCAACACCAUGACAGCCUACCAGCUGCUCCGCAACAGCCUGCAUUUCCUGGCUUUCAACGACCUGACAGAGAAUGGAAUUACCCUAGCCAAAGGCCCAGAUUCAACUGCGCCCUCUCUCGCCGAGUUCCACACUGCUUUCCAGGUUGUUUUUGUCGACCCCUCUGGACACCUCAACAUGUGUGCUGACAUGACAGCCUGCACCUACAAACAGGUGCAGCACGAGGCUUCUCUGUCGCUGCAGUUUUGGGACGACCCCACCGUGGAUGGAUUCCAUGCCCUACUCAUGACCCCCAAGCCCAUGAUCAGGACCAGUGACCAUGUCUUCCAGCUGUGUGAGCUGGUCAAGCUGCAGUGCUGCUGUAAGAAACUCAACCUCCUCAGUGAACUCAUGGACCACAGUGGAAACUACGUCCUCACCGCACUCCCCUUCAUCCUCUCCCUCCUGCAACGAGGACUGGGCCAAAGAGUCCGCCUCCUCACCCACUCACUGACCCCUGACCCCGAGUGGCCUGUGGAGAGUGAUGCUCCGAAGCACAACGCCCAGCCACCCCUGUCCUUUGGCCUGCUGCUCAACCCAGAACAGGCGGCCUCUGUACUGGAGAGAGGACCCCCAGCCGAUAGUCCCAAGGCUGAGGAGUUCAGGCAGCUGUGGGGGUCUCGCUCUGAGCUGCGUCGGUUCCAGGAUGGUGACAUCACGGAGGCUGUGGUGUGGGAAGGAGAGACCACCUGUCAGAAGAGACUGGUCCCACGCCAGCUCAUCACCCACCUGCUGCAGCUUCAUGCAGAUAUACCAGAAUCCUGUGUGAGAUACAUUGGAGGGAUGCUGGAUGAUGUCAUCAAAGUGGGACGUGAGGUGUGCAGUACUGGUGAGGAGGAGAGUCUGAAGGUGGUUCAGUCAUAUGAUGAUCUAAGUAGGAAGCUGUGGACGCUGGAGGGGCUUCCCCUGUCCAUAACUUCAGUGCAGGGGGCCCACCCAGCCCUCCGCUACACCCAGGUGUUCCCUCCAGUGCCCCUGAAGCUGGACUACUCAUUCUUUGACAGAGAGAAGUUGUCCCGGUCACUGGUACCCCAUGAGGUCAAACCUUGCCCUGUGUACAUCACCCCUAUCCAAGUGAUCUGCCACAUGGAGGGCAGUGGGAAGUGGCCUCAUGACAGAGUGGCCAUCCGCCACAUUAAAGCAGCCUUCCACAUCAGCCUGGGAGAACUGUUAACCCAACACCACCACUACACCUGCCAGCCCAGUCCCACACACCUGGAUGUGUGGAAGGAUGGCUUGGUGUUCAGGAUCCAGGUAGCAUACCACCGGGAGCCUCAGGUCCUGAGGGAGAGUGUUAGUCCAGAGGGACUGCUCAUCGUCAGGGACAACGCGGAGGCUCAGGCCCUGGAGAUGGCCACCAUGCAGCGGCCCCUACUCACCAGCACCCUGCACGGGCUCCAGCAGCUCCACCCAUGCUUCGGGGCAGUGUGUCGCCUGGCCAAGCGCUGGCUGGGAGCGCAGCUCUUUAGCGAUGACAUCACAGAGGACACUGCUGACCUGCUGGUGGCGUCCCUCUUCCUGCAGCCGGCCCCCUUCACUCCUCCAGGGUCUCCUCAGGUCGGUUUCCUUCGGUUUCUCCACCUACUCUCCUCCUUCGAUUGGAGAAAUAACCCCCUGGUUGUCAACCUCAACAGCCAGCUCACCGCUGCUGACUACACUGAGAUCAAGAAUGACUUCAUAGCCUCCAGAGAGUCUCUGCCUGUUAUGUUCUUGGCCACACCCAACGACAAGAAAGUCUCCAUUUGGACCAAGCAGGCUCCCACUGUGCAGAUGUUGCAGCGUGUGGUGAUGGUGGCUGCAGAGAGCCUGAAGAUCCUAGAACCUCAGCUGAUGGACACCAGCCAGAUACAGGACGUCAGGGUGGUCAUGCGGCCUCCAUUGGAUCCCUAUGAUGUCCUGAUCCACCUGAGCCCCAAGCAGGUGCCCUUACUGAGCCAGGCAGUGGACCCGCCUCAUGCCACCUUCUGCAGGGGCAUCCUGGCUGGCAGAGUGGCCAACACUGGAGGGGCACUACCCGUCAUCGACUUCAACCCCGUCACCCACUACCUGGCAGAGCUCAGGGAUGCAUUUGGAGACCUGGCUCUGUUCUUCUAUGACCCCUAUGGCGGCACUGUGAUCGCGGUGUUAUGGAAACCCAAAGCCUUCACCCCACUGCCGUUCAAGACCUCCCAGAUGGUGGCUCGUCGUGUGGAGGUGAGUGGGGAGGAGGCUCACACUGUCCCCAACGUGGAGGCCAUCCUGGAGGAUUUCAGGGUCAUGGGCCAGGGCCUGGUGAAGUCGGUGGAGCCAAGGACGGAGAGAUGGGUGGUGUAGUGUAGACUGAGGUCACACACACCCCCACACACACAUGUACCAUGAUCAUAUUUUAACUUGCACAAUCAAGUUCGACUUUAAAUUAAUUCCCCAUAGCCAGCAACUUUCUUUGUGCAAAGGUUGCAUGUUCAGAUCUCAUCACGGACAACUUUAGCAUUUUAGCUAACUUUGCAACUACUUCCUAUUUAGGAACUUUACAACUACUUAGUAUGUUAGGUUAAAAGGUUAAGGUUAGCUAACUCCUAACCUAGCUAACAUUAGCCACCUAGCAAUCUAGCUAACGUUAGCUGUAACAAAUUGGAAUUGGUCACAUAUCAUAUGUAUUGCAAAUUUGUAACAUAUUGUCGGAAUUGUAAUUCGUAACAUGAAAUGGAUAGACAUCAACAAAUUAAUAAUACCAUAUGAAAUGCAGCAUCAUACUAAAUUGAGGGAGUGAAUUCACUUUUACUAUGUUAUGUUUACCCCUGAGUACAGUUUGAAAACAUUUAAUUGUAUAUCGAAAUCUGUUAUCAAAACAAGUCAAGGAGAUUUAUUGGGUAGGAGAAAUGUAAGAAACUAACCAUGUCUUUGUUUUUGCUGGUUCUUUACCCAGUCUUAUAAAAAAACGAGUAUUCUCAAGCUCGUCUGUGUUACUGUUUCAUCUGGGAGGGUAAAUACUGACAGCAGGAUGCGGUCCCAGUGAACUGUCCCUAUGGUAUUCCCCAUUGUGUAAAAGCAGUCUAGUUGAGAUGCUGUGUCCUGACCAACAGGGGGUGCUUCACCCUAUCUAUGAAAGUAGAACAUGAACUUAAAGGCUCGGCAUGGUCAAUCCGCAUCUGCAUUAGCCAUGCAGCAUUUACGGUGAUACGGCGUUUGCAGAGGUCACGGCUGUUGUGAAGGAGGUGAGUUUGUGCUCAUAUAGGACCUGCUGCCCUCACCUACUGUCAACUAGUCAUGUCAAUGCAGAGCUUUAUGGAGCCCUAUGAGUUGUUAAAAAAAUUGAGGCUCCAUGGGAGUGCGGUAUGGAGCUCAAUUUGGCCUCUGUGUGCCUACGGCGGCUCACCGUUCAAGCACCUCGGGCCACAUUUUCGUAUCAAGCAUAGGUUUUCUCUUAAGAGUAGAGGCAGGCAGGCCUGAGCAUGACUGACUAGGCUACACCCUCCCCUGCUCCUGGGAAGAAACCUGGGGACGCAUAAGCAACAUGAAGUGUCAUUACUCUGGCCGUUUGGGUGUAACGAUUACCAUUUGAAAUGGCGUAGAAGUACGUUCUCACUGGUUUCAUAAUCACAGAGCUGCCAAAUAUCGCCUUGGCUGUAAAUUCCCAAGGGCUUGCAUAUUCUUUCACAACUGCACAAUGGGUACGAGUUCAAAAUAAAAUAAUUCCAAAAAUGGAACGCCUUGCUUACUUUACGUUACUUACACAUCAUAGUGAGUGUAAAUAAAGCAUAAAUAACAGUGUUUGCUUAUUUUUAUGAACCUCUUACCUAUUUUACAGUUGCAAAAGAAUACGCAAUAUUCUAUAGAAGCAAAAAGACGUCUGGGUUUUUCCUGACCUGCAGUUUGCCAUUUAUUUCUCGUGGCCUCGUGCAGCCAGGGCUAUUGCCAGCGCCUUGCACAAGUUUUUAUACCCCUUUCUCUUUUUCCUUUUUUGUUUCAUUACAGCCUGUAAUUUAAAUGGAUUUUUAUUGGAUUUACACAAAAUAAUCCACAUUUUUGUGAAGUGAAAUGAAAAAAUUACUUGUUUCAAAGAAAUAAAACAGGAAAGUGGUACGUGGUACUCUGGUCAGAUGAAACUAAAAUUGAGCUUUUUGGCCUUCAAAGAAAAUGCUAUGUCUGGCGCAAAACCCACUGCUGUACACCAGUGGAACCCAUCCAACUUGAAGGAGCUGGAGCAGUUUUGCCUUGAAGAAUGGGCAAAAAUCCCAGUGGCUAGAUGUGCCAAUCUUAUAGAGACAUACCCCAAGAGACUUGCAACUGUAAUUGCUGUAAAAGGUGUCUACAAAGUAUUGAUUUGGGGGGGUGAAUAGCUUUGCACACUCAAGUUCUAUUUUUUUUUGUCUUGUUUGUUUCACGAUAAAAAAAAUAUUUUGCAUCUUCAAAGUGGUAGGCGUAUUGUGUAAAUCAAAGGAUACAAAUCCCCCAAAAUCCAUUUUAGGGUGGGGGUCUACUAAUCUAUAUUAAAUUGUUUUUAGAAAGUCGUACCAAGGAUAAUUUUGCUGUUUGGAUUUUAAGACCCCUUGAAGUAUAUAUAUUUUGUAAUUACAAAAUAAUUUUAUGAAAAAUGUAAUUUGAUCUUACUGCUUAAAUUAUCCCAUACAAAUGCAUUGAGUAACAGUCUCGCUAUGGAACAACAGAUAGCCCCCCCUCUCUCUUAUAUCUGAGAGAUAUAUAAGAAAUAUCAGGAAACACAAUUGUUUUUCUUUCAUGUAAUUUAACCACUUAUUUUUGUCCCUAAACAGUCUGUGUACAGUACAAGUCCAAAGUUUGGACACACCUACUCAUUCACGAUUUAAAUGUAUUUUUACUAUUUUCUACAUUGUAGAAUAAUAGAGAAGACAUCAAAACGUGAAAUACACACAUGGAAUCAUGUAGUUACCAAAACAGUGUUAAUUAAACAAAUCAUUUUAUUUUGAGUUUCUUCAAAGUAGCCACCUUGAAGACAGCUUUGCACACUUGGCAUACUCUCAACCAGCUUCAUGAGGUAGUCAUGUGGAAUGCAUUUCAAUUUCAACAGGUGUGCCAUGUUUAAAGUUAAUUUGUGGAAUUAAUGCUUUUGAGGUAAUCUAUUGUGUCCAUCGAGUGCUAUGAAUGAAACUGGCUCAUGAGGACGGCCACAGGAAAGGAUGACCCAGAGUUAUCUCUGCUGCAGAUGAGUUCAUUAGGAUCUCUUUUACUCCAUUUGGAGUAAUCUUCCAAGAGUCCUUCAACAUUAAAAUACAAUUUAUAAUACGAUCACAUUUUGACAUUUAACACACUAUUACAGACAUAAUACACUGACAUAUUGACCAGAUAAAUACUCUUAACAGUCUGAAAUUAUAGAUUGAUUCCUUCAUCUACCAUAUUCCUGCACAACCUUCCAAUUUAUUAUAUUUACAUGGUCCUAAAGUAUUGUUUGAAUUUAUAUAUUGAAAGAUUUCUGGAUUGCUCAAAUACAUUUUUCCAUUUCUUUAUUGCUCUAAAUUGAAAUUUUAUUUUGCCUAUUUCUCUUUUCUGUCUGUCCACCAUCUGUGAUAUCCAAUCUAUUCCUAGUACUUACUGAAUGUUUGUCUCUUACCAACUGAAUGCUAUUAUGAAUUGAGUUAGUCCUCUUUAAAUGGUGUACAUUGCGAAAUUAAAUAAGCAAGUUUUUUUUUCAA